UCUGUACUCAAGCUGGCACCACUGUCUCCUUCUGCUGCUUCUGCUUUUUUCCUGAAUCAAGCGGAUCCUUAAACCCUAAAUUCGUACCUGUAAAUAACACAGCCAAACGUUAAGUUCUCUCUUCCUUGCUGUCAUCAUCAUCAUCCAUGCUUUGACACCAAUUGGAGACGGAAAGAAUGGUGCCUCUAAUUCUUUUGAUUUCAUUAAUUUUUUCUCGUACGAUCAGUGCGAAUUCGCAGUCGCAUGAGUCGAUAUAUGAGGUUUUGCGUGCUCACGGGCUGCCCAUGGGGUUGCUACCGAAGGGAGUGAAGGAGUUCAAUAUCGACGAUAAGGGGCGUUUCGAGGUGCACCUCGACGAGGCUUGUAAUGCGAAGUUUGAAAGCGAAUUGCAUUACGAGAGGAACGUUUCGGGAAGUCUGAGUUACGGUCAGAUCGGGGCGCUAUCUGGUAUAUCGGCGCAGGAGUUGUUUCUGUGGUUCCCCGUUAAGGGGAUUCGGGUCGAUAUUCCAAGUUCGGGUCUCAUUUACUUUGAUGUGGGAGUCGUAUUUAAGCAGUUUUCGCUGUCACUAUUUGAGUCACCGAGAGAGUGUAUGGCAGUACCGGCUGUGGAUGUGGAGAGAAUCCGAGGUGGCAAGUUUUUGGUGGAGGAAGUGGUCAAGAGUCAGUCUGGCGUGCUUCGGUUUCAACUUGAUCAAGAAAGUUCUGUAAGAGAUGUUCUGUAGAUCAUGCAAGAAUGGAUGUGAUAGCUCAAGAAGGGUUCUUCAUUUCUUUAAAUUCCAUGUGCUUGAAUGCUUUAGUUGGUCUUAUGCUUCCAAUUAGUGUUUUUACUUUGAUUCUUUCCUGGUAAAUAGAGCAGAGUCUGGUGACUGGUUGACCAUGCUCUUGUCAAUUAUUGGCCUGCCAUUUUAUUGGAUUCGAAGGAACUACUUGAGGCAAUAUUUGAUUAUCAGCAUUCCCACCGGCGGAUAGGGUGAGACAUGAGCAUCUGGUCAAGAGAUAUCAGGUGAUAAGUAUGUGAAAAAUUCUGUUUUGUAUGUUAAAAUUUAUUGUAUUUUUCGUAUAGCCGUAUAGGUAUGGCCGCUGUUGAGUUACAUUUUUUGGUAGUGUUAAGUUUUAGAUUUAUGAGAGGCACAUAGCGUCAUGUUAAUAAAAUUAAAGAAUAAUGAGAGCUUUUUGCUUCAGUAUUUUUAUGUGGGUUUUAGAAUUUCCCCUAUCAUUUCCAUUUACUAUUAUUUUGCGCCUUUGUUUGUUAUUGCAAAUGCUUCUUUGCUUUUACUUGUUUCACAGUUUGGUUAAGUUCUGGAGAGUAUAGAGUGCCAUAAGUUUCCAUUAAUGGGUGAAUAAGGCAAACAAGUGAACCAGAGUAUGAGAGAUUUUUCAUUUGAUUGGCUUGCACCAUCUUUUUAAGAGGCUUACAUCAUAUUGUCAUACUCAGGUGUAACUCGAUGGAUUGUGUUUCUCCCGUCAGAGAAUUUGAUUGGAGCGUUUUCACUUUUCAGUAAUAUUGAUGACGAUUGUAUAAUUAUGUUGGGGUUUUUUUUACUAGAGCUCUCCUUUUCUGAAGAAAAGGUUUUUGUUAAUGCUUUUUUAAGAAGAGUAGGUUAUGUUAAAAUUGGGGACUGGCAGCCAAUAUUUGGAUAGUUUUCCAUUGGUUAGUAACCAUGAUUCUUAAUUAUGGAAUUUAAUUGAUACUAGUGGUUUAGUCUGCAGGGGCGGAUCCAAUGUGACCUUGCCUGAGGUUCCAUGUUUCAAAAGAAGAAGAAAAAAAAGAUUCUUUGCCUAUGUAUUUGUUUCACUAUCAAUCGUACUAAAUUUCUAAUUUUUUGCACUCUGCUAUAUAGCAAUUUGGAGCA